CCGCGGAUGGAAGGAACGGAUCCUAAAGUCCAAUAAGAAGAGGUACCAGCAAGGCAACAAAUCAAAAAAAUCCCCUGCGUCUUUGGUGCGAAGCCGCGAACCCGCAGCAGAGGAAUAGGGGGAAGGCAGCUGCGCAGGCAAGAUAGGCUCGGCAAGAGGCGGUUUCCAAAUACCAAAUGGAAACACCCAAAUCUCUUCACAAAACGAUCAACAGCUCGCUUUUCGAAAUGAUUGGUGGGAUAUGAUGUCUUAGUUGGAACGCAAGCUUUGGUUUUUGGAUUUCGAAAUCGGCAAUGGAGAAGGAGAAGCUUUCCUUGGGUGGUUCCAAGGUCUCUGAGCCGAAGAAGGAGAGAAAGAGGCGGCUUGUGCUGAGCAGCGACUCGGAGACAGACUGGUAUGUGAGUUCUAAACCAUUGAUAAAGGCGGAUGAGGAUGAGGAUGUUGGUGGUUCCGCCGGCUGCAGUAGGAGCGGAGAAGAGGAGAAGUGUGGGGCAAAGGAGGAAAAUGAGACGAGAGUUGAGGUUAUUGGGCCGAAAUCGGGCAUUGAGGAGAGCAAGGAGAAAGCUUUGGAGUUGAUGCCGGUUGGGAAGCAGAGGGAGGUAGAUAGUAUGAAAGAAAUAAGAAAGAAAAUGAAAUUUGAUUCAGUGGUGUCGGAUAGCAAGCAAAUUGAUAUGAAAGAAAUAAGAAAGAAAAUGAAAUUUGAUUCAGUGGUUUUUGAUAGCAAGCAAACUGAGAAAUUUGGGUGUCGUAAUAAGAGUCUGGACGCCAUGAAACAUAAUCGGGAUAAAGAUAUACGCCAAGCCUCGGACAAGGAGAGGGUUUUUAGAUCCGAUAGUAAGAGGAUAAUGGAAGCUGGCGAUUCAAUAGCUGGUAAAAUGAAAUCAAAACGAGAGCAUGUUGGGAACCAUGCUGAAACUUCUGCAGGCAGUAAUAAAAAGUUAGACUCUAUGAAGCACAGGAAUAAUAGUAUGGAUGGUAUCACGAGGCUGGCAACUGCAGAAGUUAAACAAAGGGGCAUUGACAACUCGACAGGGAGAAAUUUUCAUGUCAAUCCAAAUAAAAGCAUAAAGAGAAAGGCUGAAAAUAGAUGCUUCAUUGAGCAAUCUAAUCCGAGAAAAUUUCAAAAGCAAAUAGAUAAAGGAGUUACUCGGGUUGAUAGCAAAACUGAGCAAAAUGGUGGAAGAUCACAACAUGAUUACAUUAGGGUGCAGGGUAAAAGUGGUGUUUUGAGGGUUUUGCAUGGUAAUAAGGUUGGUUUCUCUGGGAAUGGGAGUGUUAGAGGCCAUACAGAAGGUCACAUAGAGGAGCUGACAUCUUCAAACACCAGGAGGUUGAGUAAAUCAAAUGACCAAGAUGAAAGACAAGAUGCUGAGAAAUCAAAAUUCACGAUCAAGCUGGGCAAACAUAGUGGAAAAGUUUCUUCAGAAGGAAGAAGCAGCAUAAAUGGGAUUAAAACAAAGCCAGAUCAACAAUUUGGGAACACAGGUUCUGAGAAUGUGCAUUCGAUGCAAAAAGAAAACAGCACUGCUGUGAAUGGAGAGAGUUCUUCUGGUUUGAAAAGCUUUCCUCCAGAUAAACAUGGUGCAAAAGAAUCACGUACGAGUCGUAAUGAAGUUAAGAGGAAGGUCAGGGAGCAGAUUAAAACUAUUCUUUUGGAUUCUGGAUGGACGAUUGAAUUAAGGCCCAGAAGGGGCAGGGAUUAUGAAGAUGCUGUGUAUGUUUCCCCCCAAGGAACUGGGUAUUGGUCAAUUACUAAGGCGUAUGAUGUUUACAGAAAGCAGUUCGUCAGCGCAUGUAAUGACAAUGAAGGCCCCCCAAAUCAGUCUAAAGCUUCUUCUAGAGCUGUUAACAAUCAUGAGGGGGAAAGUUCUUCGUUUGCUGCCAUCGAUCCUGAUGUCUUAACUUUAUUGAGAAGGAAUGUGGUCAACAAACGAAAAUUAAAGAAGCAAUCACUCAAAGAUAAACACAAGGUGGGUGUUAGCAGAAGCAAAAAGGCGAAGGAAACCACCAAAGGUAGUUGCCCUGAAGAUAAAGAAUCUGGCGGUGUUGUUGGAGAAAAUAGAAUCAGGAAAAGGCAAAGCAAGAGUGUGUUACUUGAUGGAUCCUCAGCUAAGAAAAUGCAACUUUUAGUUAGAAGCAAAGGGAAAAGAGGUUGCGGUCCUGAUGUUGGUGGUGCGGACCAAGAUAAAGAAUCAGAAAAGAAUGAUUAUCCUCCGUAUCUUUGGAAAAGGACAAUUCUUUCAUGGAUGAUAGAUAUGGGCGUAUUACCAGCCUAUGGAAAGGUUAGGUAUAUGAACAAGAGUCAGAACAAAACAUUGCUUGAGGGACGGAUUACAAGGGAUGGUAUUCACUGCAGUUGUUGCAGUAAAAUUCUCACUGUACCAAAGUUUGAGAUUCAUGCCGGCAGCAAGCUGCAUCAGCCAUAUGAGAACACAUUGGUGGAGGUGUCUGGAGCCUCCCUUCUGCAUUGUCAAAUCAAUGCGUGGGCAAGGCAAGAGGAGCAUAAAAUACGUGGUUUUUAUAAUAUAGAUACUGAUGGGGUCGACCCAAAUGAUGACACCUGUGCCAUUUGUGGUGAUGGUGGUGACUUAAUUUGUUGUGAUGGGUGCCCUUCAACUUUCCAUCUCAGCUGCUUAAGCCUUCAGAUGCUUCCUCCUGGUGAUUGGCACUGCAAAAGUUGUUCUUGCAAAUUCUGUGGCAUGUUUCAUAGUUCUCCCUCUCCAUGUAAAAGUGCGUCUACAUUAUUAAGAUGCUCCCAAUGUGAGGAGAAAUAUCAUGAAGAGUGUGUUGCUGAUAAUGAUGCUUCUGCUACUUCUGAUGGUUCUUCCAAUCUAUUUUGUGGGGGAAGUUGCCGAAAGGUGUUCAAAAAGUUGCAAAAGCUUAUUGGGGUUAAAAAUGAAUUGGAAGCUGGAUAUUCUUGGAGCAUCAUUCGGCGCUUUGACGAUCCAUCUGGAUCUCCAUCCAAAUUAGCUAAGAGGGUUGAAAGCAACUCCAAAAUUGCUGUUGCUCAUGCUGUUAUUGAUGAAUGUUUUUUGCCUAUCAUUGAUCAUAGAAGCGGCAUCAAUCUGAUUGACAAUGUUGUGUAUAACUGCCGGUCGAAUUUCAAUCGACUUAAUUACAGUGGAUUUUAUACUUUCACCUUAGAAAGAAGCGAUGAAAUUAUUUGUGCCGCAUCUGUGAGAAUACAUGGGACCAGGCUAGCUGAAAUGCCUUUCAUUGGGACGAGGAGUAUGUAUAGACGCCAAGGAAUGUGUCGUCGACUUCUUCAAGCAAUUGAAUCUGCUCUGUCCUCUUUUGGUACAAAAAUGUUGGUAAUACCUGCAGUCUCUGAAUUAACGGACACCUGGACAAGUGUUUUUGGUUUCAAGCCGCUCGACAAUUCACAAAAAGAAGAAAUUAAGUCUGUGAAUAUGUUGGUUUUCCCUGGAAUUGGUCUGCUACAGAAGCAAUUACUGAAGAAAGGCUCAACUGUACAACGUGCAAUUCCCGAACAAGUUACGAGACAAGAAUCCGAGCAGAUUUCAUGUGAUGCCAUUGAAAGGAACAAAACUGAAACCCUGCUGUCAGUUGUGGCAGACCAUAAAGGUUCACCUGUUGAGGUUAUAAAUACUAAAGAAAUGAAAUAUGAGGAAGGAGGUGCUGAUCAUGCUAUCGCUACUUUGUCGGCAGAUGCGUCUGGAUUGAAUGCACAAGAAUGCUGGUCUUCAGAUGCUACAGAAAUUGGCAAGUUAAAUAAAGUUGAAAGUGUUGUCUACGGUGACAAUUCAGUUCAUGAAAAAGAAUCUCAAGUAGAUAAUCUAGAGAAGAUGACUGUUUUUCUUAAAGAGCUUAAACAUGAAACGCAAGAUGUGAAAAACACUUUGCUUUCCAUUCAGAACAAUGACUGUAAACUUUUAGCAGAUGCUUCUGGAUCUCUAGCUUCAGGACGCAGAUCCCCAGAAGAUGAACUAGAUUUGGAAUUGUCUCCUGUUAGGAUUGUUUCUGGCAGUAAUCCUGUGGAGGUUGACAAAAUUCCACUGGGUUCUACAAGUAAACCCGGAGAGCCUUUUGUUAAUAUCAUGAUGAAUGAUGCUGCUCAAAAGAAAGUUGAGGAUACUGAUGAAAAAUCUACUGCAAUUGGUGAUGAUGGCAUUGUUCUGCGAUAUGAUUCUGACUGCAGCACUAACAUUGCUUCCAAGCUUGCGCUUGCAGGAGAAAACAAUGCACCUAAUCUGAUUUCUAAUGGUAAUAUAACUACACAUAAUUUGGAAGACCCAUGUGGAGCUGCUAGUGCUGUAUUGGUUACAGAAUGUAAUCCUUCUGACAAUUGGCAAGGUAUUUCAACUGCCUCCUUGGAGCCUUGUCCGGAUACAAGCACUACUAAUUCAUCUCUAGAAAUGGGUGAUUCUCUGCUGCAUGAUGCCAAUAUGAAUGAAAACCAUGCUGGAGAGGAUCUGUCUGUUGAUGUUGAAAUGCAACCACAACACUCAGAUGAUGCUUUGAAGCUGCCUAAUCCAGAUAAUAAUAUUGGUGCCGGCUUUGCUACUCUUUCCAUUGAAUCACUUGCAGAUGGAGCUGAUCAAUAACAAGGUAAAGCCCAGGCCUGCCUCUGAUGAUCUGGAAACUAAGACAGAUGAAGAGGAUGUUAAAAUUUAUACAGUUAAAUGCUUGUUCUGCUAAAAAUGGUACUUCUUUCUUGGUCGGCUUGAAAGGGCCUGGUGCUGUUGAUGCUAGCUUACCUUGCUGGAGAACACCGAACUGCUUUAAUUUCAAGGAGAACUUCAAUGCGCAGGCAUGCACCAGAAGCUUCUCAGAAAGCAACUGGCUUCCUUGUUCAUUGGAGCAGAAUACAUGUUAUCUUAUUAGAAAUCAAGCUAGUGAUCAAAUCUCCAAGAACACUGAUAAAUCUGCUCAUAGUGAUCAUAAGUUUAGAAACUGCAUACGUCGGAGGAUACGGACUACAUUGUCGAAAAUGAGGACACUCAGUUUGAUGUAGUUUCUUGCUGCACUGGACUCUCUGAUGAUAACAUCAAUCACGCUGUGGUAAAAAAUUCAGUUUCAAAUGAUCUUUUUAAUGUUUCCAGCUCUAUCAAUGGUUUUGUGGGCGCUAAUGCUACCUCUGAACAGGGGAGGAACCUGUCUUUUUUUUGAGGGUUGGCAAAUUUAUUAUAAAAAUAAAGGCAUUAGUAAUGCUGUAUUUAGUUGGAACGAUAGAACACCUAUUCCAGCUGGGUCGCUAUGCAUUACAAAUUUAGCUAUUUUCAGGUGAUGAUUAAAUCAUAUUGAUUUGCCUUUUUGUUAUUGCAACUUUGGCAACUUUAGAAUUCAUUUGCUCUAACUUUGAUUUUGUAUUUGGCUUGGACCAGCAUGUAAAUAAAAGAUUUGCUUUCUUAAGCUA